GUAGUUAUCGUCUGCUAAAAAUGGCGCGGAAAUGACGUUCGUUGGCAUUUGUUUGUUUUCUAGGGUGCGCAUAUUAUUCGCAGUAUUAAAGUGGUUUAUGAAAUGAAAUUCAAUUAUUGCGAUGGACAGCGCCCUAAUCAUUUGUUUGAUUCUCAUCUGAUGUCAUCACUAGGCUGUACUUUCUCGGAUAAUUCUUACGCUCCUAUUUCAAAAAGUUCAAGAAAGGAGUAUUUUAAUGAGAAAGAAAAAAACAACAUACAACCAACUCUUCUUGAAUCGUUGUGCCAAGUAUUCCGAACUAACAAGUCUAGCCUAAAUUCUCCCUUUCAUAAAUUAAAUCAGAAUGAAUUUGGGAAAGUUAGAAACACUGUUACAUUCUACAAAUCUCGCAUACCAGAUACCAAGUUUGUUGAAUGGUGUAUCGAAAGUGGAGAACACUCUACCUCAACCACAUGUCAACCUGAGGCAACUACACAAAAGUUAGUGUGCCAUUUCCUAUCAAAGAAACACAAAGUAAUGGGGAAGUUGGUGAUCAACAAUGCAGAAAGGAAACUUGUGAUGCCAAGAAUAGUAAUUGAUGGGUACAGUAAUUUUCAGUUGUUGAAGAAUAUGAGACGGUUAACUGAUGCAACGGUCAAGGACAUGUACACGGUCCCAACUAAUCAUACAAAAUUAAGUGACAUUGACAUCACAACCAGCAGGUUGCAGAUUUUUGGUGUGGUUACAGCUGUGAAUAAACUCCCAACAAAAACAACAUCAUCAUGGCAUUCCCUCAUAUGCAUAUCAGAUCCUUCGCUGAUUCCUGUUACUGAUGGUGAUCAAAAUGAUAAAAUGGCCCCUGGUGAGUUCAAAAUGUCCCUGUUCAUGAAUAUGCUGGAAGAUCAUCCAGAAUUUCAUCGCGGUGACGUUGUUCGUUUUACUAACGUUAAGAUUGAAUCGUACAAAAAUCGAUGUGAUGGACGAGUAUUUAACAAAUCAGAUAUUACCUUGUAUUGUCAUCCCGAUAUUAAAGCACCAGUUAUCCGUGAAAGUUUUCAGGAAAGAGCUGCUGUGGUGCGUGUGCUAAGUCUCUGGUGGACGUUGAAUCAUCGAUUCUUCGAUUAUGUGACACCAAAUCCAAUUUAUCAUCUUCCUACAAGAUAUCCAGGUAUACGAGCCUUUAGAGAACUGUCUGAUCAACUCGUCUGUGACCUGUAUUGCCAGGUAGUGAGCAUGUCCGAAGAUUCAUCAGAUUUAAAUUUUUUAUGUGUUUGGGACGGCACUAUCUUUACCUUUGAAAAACGUCAACAGUCUACUACGCAUGAAGCCUCGUCAGUCACAGAACAAAUUUCCAAAGAAUCGCAAGGCAGUAAACUCACUUUUGGGUUUCUAGGACUCGCCAUUUUUGAAACCGAAUGUUGGAACUCUAUCAGGAAACAAAGAAUUUCAGUAAACGAUUACGUUUUGAUGUGCGAAGUGAAAGUCGUCUUUUUGACCGAAGAGACAUUGACCAACUUAAGAAAUGUUUAUGCCUAUCGUCAUCCAUGUGUACUACUUCGUCCAGCAGCAGGUGGAAUAAAAAAGAUACCACUUGAUCAUCACGAAGCGUACAAAAUCCGCUCUCGCUUACACCGACUUCCCGACGAGUUGGAAAAGAUGGAUCAUUGGCAAUUCCCACCUCCUGCGGAAGAAAAAGUACCUGAAGACCCUCUUUUAGUUCGUCUGAACGAAUCUACUGUUCAAAUGAAUCUUCUCAAAAGAUUAAAACGCUCGUGAAAGAAUAAACGAAGACCAUUUUGGUACAAUA